GGAACGAAUAAGACGCUUUUUAUCUCACACAAGAAGCGCUGCUCCAUCAUUUCACGCUUUCCGAUUUAAAACCACUUUCCAAAACGCCGCCGGGACUCGCCGCCGCCGCCGCCGCGAUCCAUCCCAACAUAUGGAGGGAGUAGGGGCAAGACUCGGCCGAACCUCCAACCGCUAUGGACCAAGCACCGUAUUCACUGGUCCAGUUCGUAAUUGGGAGAAAAAGUGGGUUAACAUACCGCCACCGAAUUCCGGCCACAACCACCGAGCCACCGCCACCAGAACCGACGGCUCCCCUCACCUUUUCCUCUACAAGUGGACUCCAAUCACUCCUAGCCAAACAAAGGACAGUAGCAUCAGUGAUAACAACGGCAAUGCCGACUAUAAGAAUUCCGGUAAAGACGACGACGUUGGUGCACAGGAGCCUCAGAAGAAGAAAUUCAAGUAUAUUCCGGUUAUUGUGCUUGAAGAACAAAGGGAUGAACACUCAGAGCAGAUGGAGGAUGGAGCCAAGAGAACUGAAAUUGAUCCAAGCACUGUGGAGACAACCUCCAAAAACGAAGAAUAUGAUGAAAAGCCGGACAUCAACGAGGCAGCAGCCAAAAGCAAUCCGGUGGGAUGCCAAGAUCUGAACGAGAGCACCUUGGAUUUGAGCCUGGGAAUGGGCGCACACAAUGGCGAAAAUGAAUUCGAUUCGAAAGGAGAACAAAGUAAAGAUGCUCAAUUCAAGUAAGUAAUAAUCCACCGUGUUGUUUGCUUGUUAGAUCUUGGUUUUAUGAGCUUGUAAUUACUCGAAAAGAUUCAUUGUUUCGCCUAUUUGCUCCCUGCGGUCCGUCAGUUGAGAUGAUUAUUUAGAUUCCUCAAGAAUUCUUACCACUUGCUGUAAUUUUAGGUUUUCUUACAAUGAUUCUGCUAUUUGGAGUUGUGUCAAUUUGUAUUUGUUCUGAACUUAUAAUCCCAUCUUUAGGGGAAUGAAAUCUGUUGUAUUAUAAUUGUAGAAAUUCUCAGUUGCCAAUGGUAGAUUUGAUUCACUUGAGUAA